AUGCGAGACCGACUUUCCACGCUUCCUCCCGAGAUUCUGCAACUAAUUCUUGGUAAAGUAACCGCCAGAGAUAUACAUACCGUGGGUCAGAUCAAUCCGUGGUUGCGCGCUCUGGUAGCUCCCAUUGCUGCUGAACAUGUCCAACAGCUCACGAAUGAAGACGGGUGGCGACUUCAUAUUAUUUUAUAUAUUGAAACACUAUCUUAUCUUGAAAGCCGCUCUCAUUAUCAUGACGAGUUGUCUCUUCUUGGUCAAUUUCGCUCCAUUGAUCCUAGCACGCUUGACCUCCAUUUCGAUCUGUGUCCCAUGGACGAGCAGGGAUUCCAACCUGUACCUCGUACGGUCGAUGACGACACACAAGUUAUGUUUCUCAAGAACAGCUGGACCACCAUUGAGCUGUCGUUGAAUUUUGCCAAAGUGACCCCGAGCACUCGCCGUCUAGAAUACAUUGAUAUGCUGGACAGCAUCAAUCUGGAAACGGAUGUGAUUCAAAACCAGUUAAGCAGCCAAACAACGUUUGAUAUGCUCCCAAGCUUGGCAAAUCACGUUCAUGUCAGUAUCCAAGUCAGUGAAUCUGCAUUACCGGAACCCAGCGAAAUCGUUUCCCGUUUGGCUCUUGCGGCAGAACAAGAGACAUUACCACGUGCCGAAUCAAGAAUCGUGGUACUGAAUAUGCCCUCAGUUUGCACAUCCUAUGACUGGUGGUUGAGCCAAAUUGAAAACGCGUCGGACGCCCCUAUACACGACCCGACACUGGUAAACCCGCCAUAA